AUGUUUUCAGAUAGAUCAAAUAGUGAAGUUCGUAAAUAUAAACGAAAAAUAGGGUGUAUAAUUCAAAUACCCAACAUUGGACGUGGCCAACUGAAAUUUGUAGGCACAGUGGAUAACAAACCUGGCUACUAUGCAGGCGUCGAUCUAUUGGCACCUAUUGGUAAAAAUAAUGGCACAUUUAAUGGUAGAAGAUAUUUUAAUACUGAGUAUCCUAAAAGUGGUCUUUUUAUUCAAUUACCUAAAAUUGCAUAUCUGAUAGAUCAAGCUGAAUCUACAGAAACAUCACCUUCUUCUACGGCUUCACAACAACGUUCUAGUUCAGUUAGAAAAUUGAAUAUAUCUAGAAGAUCAACUUUAGGUGGGUAUGGAGAGACAUUGCAUAACGAUAGCAAUAACCAUAAUUCCACUACUAUUCACAGCAAUCAUAUGUAUACAAUAUCAAAUAAUAUAACUAAUGACACUCCGACGCCUAAUAGAAAUAUUCCUAUGCUUCAUCCUGAUCCUCUCUUGAACAGCAAUAAUAAUAAUAAUAAUAACAACAACAAUAAUAAUCAUUGUAAUAAGUAUGAAACUAAUAAUAGCGAUAUGGAUAUAAGUAGAAGUACAUUAGAUGAAAUUGAUAAUCACAACAAUCAUAACAAUCACGAUAAUUUAUCUAUUAAAAAUCCAAAUGAUAACUUUCAAUUAUUAAAAGAAUAUGAAUUAAAAUUAGAGAAACAAACACGCAAAUUGAUUGAAUAUGAGAGAUUAUUAAAUGAUCAAAGGAUGGUGUUGGAAGAAAUUCAACCUACGAUAGAUGAAUAUGAUAAAAGGGUCAAUGAUCUUGAAUUGGAGAGGAACAAAUUAAAAGAAAAACUAACAGAGUCUGAAAUUGAAUUUGAUAGACAAUUGAAAUAUUUCAAGACCGAAAAUAAACAAUUAACUGAUGUUGUAAAUCAAUUACACGAAGAUUUAAGGGUAAAUGAAGAAUACAUGCAACAACAACAACAAAACCAAUCUUCAAAUGGAAUGAAUUCUAAUCUUGACGUUGAUAUUGAAAAAAUGAAAAGACAAAUAGAAACAUUAUCUAAAUACAAAAACGAUAUGGAAAAUGCUAAAGCUAAAUGGAAUAAAGAAAAAGACCAAUUAAAGAUGCAUAAUGAAUCCUUAAGUAAGGAAUAUCAAAUCCUAAAUAAAGAAUAUAUGACUUUAAUUUCAAAUAGCAACAGCGAUAACAACAACAAUAGCAGUGAAAAUAAUAAGUAUGAAGAGGUUAUAGAGGACAAUAGAAAACUAAGAGACAAAAUAAAACAAUUAGAAAAUAAAAUAAUAAAUCUAGAAGCGAACACUAACCAAAACGAUACCCAAUCUAUACCGCCAUAUAUCCCACCAGUUAAGAUAGAUGCUUCAGCAGGCAGGGAAUUAUGGUGCUCGUUAUGUGAAAAAUCAGGCCAUGAUCAAAUAGAUUGUCCAUAUCAAUAUGAGCCAGCUAAUCGUCCACAUAAUGAUUUUACAACUAUAUCUGCAUCCACUACGAAUGACAAUAAUUUUAUGGACAAAAUCGAUACUAAUAGAGUAAUAAAAGACAAUGACAGAGAUAUAACCACUACAUCUACUACACAACAACAAUACUACUAG